AUGUGGAGAAAGGAGGGCAGGAGAGGGGGUGUAAGUGCCGGCAGCUAUGGUGAUAGCAGUGGGCGAGAGGGGUUUAGAAGCGAGGAAGAGAGACGUGGGAGAGAGAGGUUUAGAAGCGAGGAAGAGAGACGUGGGAGGACGGAGUUUCGGGGAGAGAACGACAGGAGGAGGGCCGCAAGUGCUGGGGAUUACGAGGAAUGGCGUGGGAGAGAAGGGUUUCGGGAAGAGGGUUUUAACAAAGAGGGGUUAAGGCGAGAGAGAUUCGCAAGCAGUGAAGGCCGGGGAGGGCGAGAGGGGUUCAGGAGAGACGGCGGAGACCGCUCAAGGGGAAAUGACGAGGGGUUUCGGGGACAGAGGGAGGGUUUUAAGGGGCAGGAGGGGAGAUUUCGGGGAGAGGAGGAGGGUCCUAGGAGACAGGAAGGGCAUGAGAAGAGAGAGGGCAGGGCAAGUCGUGGACGGGCGAGCUGGCAGGACAGGCAAAGCGAGUUGAGCAGGUUCAGUGGUUACGGGAGACACGAGAGGGCCGGGCGGUGGCAGGGCGCGGAAAGGGAGGGGGGUGCAGAAGGGGCAGAGAGGGAAGGGAAAGGGGAUGGUGAGAGGCGAUGGGGAGCGGUUACGAGGAGUGUUGGGGAAGCAGAGGGAGGGAAUUGGAGGGGGGCGGAGGAGGAGGGAGGAGAGGGAAGUGGACGUAGCAGGGAGAGUUUUGGGGCAUCUGACGGCGAGGCGUCUGAAACUCAAGGGGUUUCUGCUGUUGGGAAAGCGGCAGGAGGACGAGGGGAGACGGGUGGGGAAGAUUGGAGGGAGAGAGCGUGGGGAGAGCGUGGAGGCGAGGCACAGGCGUGCACGCUCGGGGCGAGGGGAGCGGUGGAGGGGGGAGGGGGGAAGGGGUAUAGCGAGAACAGGCAGAGGGAAGGUGGUGGCAUUGCAGCAGGCGGAGGAGAAGCAGAUGGGGAGAGCAGCAGAAAGGGAGUGGCGGAAGAGGGGGUACAGCAAGGGGGAGCAGAAGGAGGGGAGGGCGGAGUGAGGGGAGUGGCGGAGGUGGCGAUGCAGCAAGGGGGAGUGGACGUCACGGGCUGGGAUGACGUGUUCUUUUCUGACGUGGGCGUGACGUGGCAGAGCCUGGGGCUGCAGGGGGAGGUGGAGGAGGCGAUGUGCAGGGCAGGCUUCGAGCGGCCGUCAGCCAUUCAGGCUGGCGCCAUUCCGCAGAUCUUAUCCAAAUCAGACGUGGUGGUGGCUGCUGAAACGGGCAGCGGGAAAACGCAUGCCUACCUGGCACCUGUGCUGAGUCAUGUGCUGACGUGGCGCGAGGAGGAGAGACGGAGGGAGAUGGCAGAGAGGGAAGAGGAGAAGGCGGGUGAGGAGGAGGGGAGUGAGGGGAGGAGUGAGGGAAGGAGUGAGGGGAGGCUGGGAGAGGAGGGAGAGGUGAGGAGGAGGAGGGUGGGAGCACGCAAGUUUGCUCUGGUGCUCUGUCCCAACGCUGCCCUGUGGGUGGCUGACAAUAAGGGUCAUGGGGAUUGCAUUGUCUCUGCUUUCCUCCAUGCCAACAAUGCCCGCCAUUCCCUGCCAUGCCUCACAUUCGUCCCCAUGCGUCUAUGCCCGCUGCCCGCCACACCACAGGUCAUGGAGAUGGCGUUGUCGCUCCGCACCGCAGACAACCGCCCCUUGCUCGCAGUGGAGGCUGUCGUUGGUGGGCAGGCGUGGCCCUCCUCUCCCCCCGACGUGGUGGUGGCGACGCCAGCGGCGCUCGUCAACCAUCUCUUUGCGUUUGACCCGCAGCAGCGCCGCCGCUGCGCGUUCGUGAGGGACGUGGCGCUGGUGGUGGCGGACGAGGCCGACAUGCUGCUCAGCGGGGGGUACGCCCGGAUCGUUGGCCGCCUGCUCGGGCUCUUCCGAUUGGACGAGAAGGAACGCUCCGAGGCUGCCAGGCUGGCGGGGGGAUCUGGUGUUAGGGAAAGAGAGGAGGAAGGGAGGGAGGAGGAUGAGGAGGUGCAUUGGACCGAGAUGGUUCCAGAGGUGGUUCAGGAACAAGGCGUGGGAGGAGCAAACAAGGCUGUUGCUGUUGCUGCUGCCGCUGAUGCCUCAUCUUCAGCUUCUGCUGCUUACCAGGGCAAGAAGAGAGUGGUUGAGGGAGCGGAGGAGGGGGAAGGGUAUGGUGAGGCGGAUAGAGAGUGGAGUGAGGGGGAGGAGGGGGGCAAGCAUGGGGAGGAGAGAGCAGCAGUGGUGGAUGCAGCUGUGCGGCUGGGCGAGAGCGAGCGAGGUGCGGGGAGAGGGGGGAAGGUGGUGGUGAGAGUGCGGGAGAGUGCGAGGGAGGAGGGGAGUAGGAGGGCGAAGUGGGGGAGGAGGAGGAGGGAGUAUGCGCGGAGCAAGCAGUAUGUGUUUGUGGCGGCCACCAUGCCGGUGGGCACCAAGAGGAGCGUGGGGGAGGUGCUGGCCCGCCAGUUCCCUGCCGCCGUGUGGGUCAGCGGUGGCCUGCUGCACCGCCACAACCCCUUCGUACGGCACGACUGGCAUCAGGUGGAUGACAGCUCGAGAGCCGCUGCACUGCUCAGAGCACUGGCUGGGCAGGGAUAUGAAGGGGUGGGGAGCGGUGAAAAUGGUCCGCCGGGUGCAAAGCAGCAGGACAGCAUCCAAAGGACCAUGGUCUUUGCCAAUGACGUGGAAUCGGUGGACGCCAUUGGCCGGCUCCUCCAGCGCCACCUGUCCACCUCUGCUGCUGCUUCGUCCGCAGGAGUAACCGAUGACGGGGCCACAGGAGGAGCUGCUGACGUGGCAGCAGGGAGAGCUGCUGACGUGGCGUGGUGUGCGGUGUACCACAAGGACGUGCCACUGGACAAGCGGGAGCGCGCACUGAGAAGGUUCCAAGAAGGAGGGGGCGUGCUGGUGUGCACUGAUGCUGCUUCACGGGGAAUUGACGUGGAGCAUGUGUCUCACGUGGUGCAGGCCGAGUUCGCUCUCAACGCUGUGGAGUUUCUGCACCGCGUGGGCCGGACUGGCAGGGCGGGCAGGCCCGGGCGCGUCACGAGCCUGUACACAGCUGGCAGCGCGCCGUUGGCCGAGGCCGUGAGGGCAGCAGUGCAGAGGAGGGAGAGCACGGUGAGUGCUUCAGAGGAGGGAGAGCACGGUGAGUGCUUCAGAGGCCAAAUUUGUGAGGGAGGCAGUGCAGAAUGGGAAGAACACACGUAG